CGCUUGCCCGAGGCGGCGCCUCCCCCAAAGCCGCCUCCCCAAGGCGCUCCUUUCCCAGAUCAACGCUCUCGAGGCUAUUAAUAUGCGUCCUCGUCCUCCCGACCUGGACAGCUUCUUUCUUCCCUUUCCUCCUCAGCCCAACAGCCAAUAACUCACAGCUCUGACCUCGGUCGUCCAUUCUUUCAACCACGCUCCAAACAGCCUCGCCGCUACCACGCUCUUUUAAGCACCCAUAUAUUUAAUUCUCGUCUCUUCGACAGAACCAACCCCCCAAACAACCAUCAAAAUGCGUUUCGCUACUGUCGCCGUCCUCGCUGGUGCCGCCGUCGCCAAGGCCGCCUACCACGAGUACCCCGCCUACCCCGUCGCGCCUGCGCCCACCACCACCACCACUCCCGUCGCGGCGUACCCUGAGUACCCCGUCGAGACCUCCUCCACCGCCCCGGUUGAGUCGUCCACCACCGCCCCCGUCGAGGAGUACCCCGUUGUCACCCCCUCGUCCUCGGCCUCGUCCUCCUCCGCCGAGUACCCCGUCUACUCGACCGCGAGCGUCUCCAGCAGCGCCCCCGUUGAGGAGUACCCCGUCGUGACUCCCUCCUCUUCCGCCCCCGUCGAGUACCCCGUCUACUCGACCACCAGCGUCUCCACCAGCGCCCCCGUCGAGGAGUACCCUGUUGAGACUCCCUCUUCGUCCGCUCCCGUCGAGUACCCCGUCUACCCCACUGAGGGUGUCUCGACCUCCGUCGUGACCUACUCGACCUGCGUCCCUACCGUCUCGUACUCGACCGUCACCAUCUACCCCACCACCUCUGCUGCUACCUACCCCGUUGGCCCUACCGGCUACCCCACUGGUGGCUUCUCUACCGGCGCUUACCCCACUCCCUCUUCGCCCGCCUACCCCACCGUCCCCGUUGCCGGUGCCCCCAAGAUGGCUGGCUCUGUCCUCCUCGCCGCUGCUGCCGGUGUUGCCGCUGUCCUCCUCGCUUAAGCGUAUCUCCCCUUGUGAGAGCGUUGACUGCGGUUUGACUUGGAGUUGAGCGUCCGUCCGAUACCCCCUUGGAAUGUCUCGGCGGCUGAUGGCAGGCUUUUUGUAAUGGGGAGGAAUGCCAGUGGCGCGUUCGAGACGCAGAUUUAUACAACCCUGUACCUAAUCUUCUAAUUGUAUCUAUGGGCGGGGAGUGCCACAUGGACAAUAUCUCGCCAUUUCUCCCGUAUCAUAUUUGCAAACUGCCAUUUGACAAAGGGCAUUUCAACCAUAUCUUUUCAACAA